CAGCAACAGGCUGAGAUAGCAUCAGGGAGGGAAGCAGCUACAGGAAGGGUGUAAGGAUGCAGUGACGCGUCACUAAACUGGUUUAGAAGUAAGUUGUGUUCUGGUGUGAUGCUGUCUGGAUGUAGAAGUGAUGGCGACGUGAUGGCGCUCUAAGGAUUUAGGAUUUUCAUUCAUUUAAGAUGGAAGAACCUGAGGACAGUAUUGCUGUGGUGGGAAUCGGAUGCAAUUUUCCAGGAGGAGAAGGGCUUGAUAAUUUCUGGAAGGUUCUGGUGGAUGGAAAAAACUGUUCGGUGCCGAUUCCCAAAGAGAGAUUUGACCUGUCCAGCUGGUACGACCCAGAUGGCAGCAAGGCAGGAAAAUCCCGAACAGCCAAGGCUGCUCUCAUUGAUGGGUUUAACGAAUUUGACCACAAGUUCUUUGGCAUCAGUGACAGUGAAGUGGAACAAAUGGAUCCUCAACAAAAACAGCUCCUCCAGUGUGUCUAUAGGGCUUUAGAGAACGCUGGAAUUCCUGUCGAGAAAGCCAGCGGGACAAAGACGGGAGUGUUUUUUGGCAUAAUGAACAGAGAUUAUGAAACAAAUGCUGCACACGUGCACCCAAGUGUGAUCAACCACUGGACCGGCACUGGGCUCGCCAUGAGCAUUGCAGCAAACAGAGUCUCCUACAUCUUCAACUUCACUGGACCCUCACUGUCUCUAGACUGUGCCUGUUCAUCAUCACUGGUGGCUCUUCAUCUUGCAUGUCUGUCCAUUAGACAAGGCGAUUGUGACAUGGCCGUUUGUGGGGGGGUCAGCUGCAUCAUUGAGCCAAGGGUGUUUGUCGCGCUCAGCAAGGCCCAGAUGAUUUCCCCCGAUGGGACCAGCAAGCCGUUCUCCAGCAGAGCAGAUGGUUACGGUCGAGGGGAGGGCUGUGGUGUGGUUCUCCUGAAGCCGCUAAAAAAGGCUCUUCAAGACCAUGACCACAUAUGGGGUAUCAUCAGCAAAACAGCAGUCAACCAAGAUGGACACUCGGUCACUCCGAUCACCAAACCCUCCAUAACGCAACAAGAGGAGCUGCUGCGAGGUAUCUAUUCAGAAUCUGACAUCACUAAUGUCCAGUACAUAGAGGCUCAUGGGACUGGAACUCCAGUUGGAGACCCAACUGAGGCAGGAAGCAUCUCCAACGUCAUCGCUAAAGCCAGACCUCCAGGUUCUGAGACGCUGCUGGUCGGAUCUGUGAAGGGCAACAUCGGACACACAGAAUCUACAGCUGGAGUGGCCGGACUCAUUAAGGUUCUCCUGAUGAUGAAGCAUGACACUAUUGUUCCUUCAGUUUUCUACUCUGAUGAAAUGUCCAGUGUAAACACUGAAGCCCUGAACAUUAAAAUUCCCAAGACAACAGAAAAGUGGGAAGCCUCAGGCGCAAGAAUUGCGGGGGUUAAUAACUUUGGCUUUGGCGGAACAAAUGCACAUGUUAUUGUCAAACAGCACAUCCAACCAUGUGUCGAGCAAAAGAGUGACAAGAGGCAAGUAAGAUAUUUUGUCAUGUCUGCAAAGUCACAGAAAUCUCUUACAAUGAUGAUGGAAGACACCAUUAAACAGCUACAGGCAGAUAACAAUGUCAAUGUAGAGUCUCUGUUGUACACAUCAGCUUGCAGAAGAAGCCACCAAAAACAUAGAUACAGAAAAGCCAUUGUGGUACCAUCUGUAGUCAAUCUCAAAGAGGAGCUAAGUGCCACUGUUGGCAAAAAAAUCCAACCAGCCUCUUCAGAUCCAAGGUUAGUGUUUGUGUUCUGUGGAAAUGGAGUCACAUAUCAUGGCAUGUGCAAGCAGCUACUGAAACAUGAGCCUAUAUUCAGAGAAAAGAUCAAAGAGAUUGCACAACUUUUCCAGAGUCUGUGCACUCUGGACAUCCUGGACACACUCGAGAGUGAGACUGAGAGUAGUGACUUCAACAACCCAGAUGUUGUCCAACCGCUCCUCUUUGCGAUCCAGGUUGGGAUUGCAACCCUACUCAAGCACUGGGGGGUCAAGCCUGAUGCGAUUCUUGGACACUCCGUUGGUGAAGUUGCCGCCGCUCACUGCUCGGGCCUCCUGUCUCUGGAGGAUGCGGUGAAAGUCAUAUAUUUCCGCAGCACUCUCCAGAGCAAAGUCACAGGCGGGAAGAUGCUUGUGAUCAGCAACAUGGCUGUGUCAGAAGUAACAUCUCUUCUCCCUGUUUACUCUGGUAGAGUCUGCCUUGCUGCUUUCAACAGCCCGCAGUCCUGCACCCUCUCAGGUGAUGCAGGUGCAAUCGAGUGCCUCCACAGGGAGCUAAGCAACUCGGCUAACAAUCAGAACCUGUUCCUCCGUGUCCUGGAUGUCCCUGCUGCUUACCACAGCCACAUGAUGGAUCCAAUUCUGCCAGAAGUCGAAGCGACAAUUGGCACCUUACAGGUGAAUGAUCUUGACACAGAGUUGUUCUCUACAGUGACAGGCAAGGAAGCCCAGCAGGGAGAUUUUUGCACAGGGGAAUACUGGGCUACAAAUAUCCGCGAGCCAGUUGCUUUUGAGCAGGCAGUGAGAUCGGCAGCUAAAGAGAAGAAGAGCACAGUCUUUGUAGAGAUCGGACCUAGAAGGGCGCUACAGAGAAACAUCAUUGAAACUCUGGGAAAUGACACAACUGUUCUUGCCUCGGUGCAGCCAGAGAAAGAUCACGAAUCAGUCACAUCUGUAGUUUCGAAACUGUUCGAACUGGGUGUUCAGGUAGAUUGGGACACCUUCUACAGAGGUUAUGAGUCAGCGCCACUGCCUUUCCCAAAAUACCAGUUUGAUCACUCAGACAGAGACAUUAUCAUCUCAGCAGCACAGAAAAACAGAAGAAGUAUACAUCCUGUGCUCUGUCAGACAGGAGGUGAGAGGAAUAGUUUCAGCUGUGAUCUUGUGUCUGACUCUUCUUUCUACUUGAAGGAGCACAAGCACAAUGACAUACCAAUUAUUCCUGGUGCCUUCUAUGCUGAGUUGGGUUUAGCUGCAUUUAUGGCCACUGCCGUACCAAAAGUACCCAUCAACCCGCUACAGCUCAGUGUCAGUUUUCACAGUCCAUUUGUUUUGACCCAGAAUUCCCCUGAAAUGAAGGUGCAACUAGAACAAAAAGAGAGAGAGACUAGUUUCACUGUACUCUCUCCAUCUGCAGUGUACGCAUCAGGCACAGUUGCUUUAAAGAGAAAGAGACCGAUUGAGGAGAGCUGUAUUUCCUUGAGCUCCAUUUACAAACGAUGCACAUCUGUAGUGAGCUGUCAGGAGUUUUACGGUUAUCUCGCUCAAGGAGGCUUCCAGUAUGGAGAUGUCUUUCAGAAUAAAGGGGACGUGCACUAUGGGGAAGAUCUAAAGGAGGCAUUUGCAGUUGUAACGGUUCCAGAGAAACUGCGUUCUCAUUUGCAUGACUAUUACAUUCAUCCUGUAGUUUUGGAUUAUCUGAUGCAGCUUCUCCCAGUCACAGUGGACCACUUCUUUGCUGGUCGGCCAGGGUUUCCUGCCAAAAUUGGAAGUCUGACAGUGUUUCAACCCUUGCAAAAUGAGAUGAUUGUAUAUCUGAGAGCGACUGACGUGGGAGUUGAUCAUUUUGAGGUUUGUGGCUGCUUUGCGGACAUGGAAGGCAGAGUGUUGGUUGAGGUUAAGCAUGUGAUGUUCAAGUACCUUGGCAGUCAGUCUCAUGUGGUUGAGGAAUACUUCUACCAUAACACUUUCAGUGUCAUUCCCCAAGGUUUCCCUCCUGCUCCUCCUCCCAAGGCUUUGGUCUUCUGUGACCGUAUAGGGAUCUCUAAAGGUCUGAGGCAACAUUUGGACUCAAAGUCUAAAUAUGUCUCCUUCACACAUGCAAAAGAUGUCUUGAGCAGUGGGUUUCCUUCUCUCUUGGCAAAUCUCAAUAUCACAGAUAUCGAGAAGAGCUUUGAUGAGGUUUUGUUUUUGUGGGGCAAAGAAAACCUUUUAACACUGCCAGCUGAUGUGAUUCUGCAAAAUCUGUCGAGCUGCUGUGAAAUUUUCCGCCAAAUAGUCCUUGAGCUGAAGCGAAUUCACUUCCCAAACUCAAUUAGAGCAGUGACCUACUGCUCAUCUGACAUCACUGUUGACCACAUAAGCCCAGGUUUUGCUCUUGCUGGUAUGACAAGAGCAUUUGCUGCAGAGAUACCAGAUCUUUCUUUUCAGCUUAUUGAUAUAAGCAGCAUCUCUGCUAAGGACAUAGAAGCUCUGUCAGAGGUCCUAAGAUCAUAUCCUUGCAACAAGUACCCAGAGUUGGUGGUCAAAGAAGGGCUGAUUUGGAAACCUUCCAUUGUCCGUACCCCACCAGAAACCACUGACAGUUCAGAGGGCAGCUACACCUCUACAAUGUCUGAACCUUGCAUCUUUCAGACAGCUGAUGCACAUAAGAUGACUCAACUGAGUGCCAUUCAUUUUGAUGAGGAGGUUGAGCCAAUCGGUGAUGCAUCAGUUGAAAUCCAGCCCAGUAAGAUAUGCGUUCAUUCGUCUGAUUACUUCGCUGUCAGUGAUUCACAUCGGAAACACGGCCAGACACUGUACUGGAACAAACACUCGUAUCAGAAGCACAAGCUGCUCGCUCUUGACUUCAGUGGUACCAUUACAGCAGUUGGAAAAGAUGUGCGGAAAUUGAAAGUGGGAGAUCAUGUUGCUUCCUGUUAUCCCGUGGUGGCAGCUAGUAAGGUCAGAGUUCCAGAGGACGUGUGUUACAGCACCAAAAAGUUCUCUUUCCUCCAAAAAACACCAUGUGUUUCCUACUUUGUGUUAGCAUGGGAGCUCCUGCAUCGAGCCUUGCCCAGAGGCAAACAUAAUUUACAAAUCCUCUGCUCUGUGCCUGAUUCCGCCCUGGUGAAAGUCUUAGCGCUCACCUCUGAAAAAUCAGGCUGGACUGUGAAUGUUGGCUCAACUGUAGAUGUCAAUCAAAUGGAUGCAUAUGUCAUCCUGCCUCCAUUUGAUGAAUCCCUGAUUGCUAAAAUUUGCAACUUUUCAGGCAUCCGAUAUGUUGUAAUGAUAUGCAAAUCUCAGAUGCAGGGUUUGCUAAUUCAGGAAGUGCUCCAAAAUGUAAAGGAAAGCGUUCACGUACAGAUGAUUCAGAUGCCUGUCAUUUUGCAAAAGGGAUCCCUGAGAGCACACAGGCCACACAUUUACCACUGGCUGAAAUCCCUGAACUUGUGCGGGAAAAUUGCUAUUGAAAGCUUUACGUUUCAGAGCAUGAACUCUGAAACCAGAAGCCUGAAUUCAGAGGAACCGCAAUCAUACUUCAGCUCAACGAAACUGGCUGUGGUGACUCUGGAAAAAGAUGUUGCCGAUACGCUGUCUGACAUUCAACAGCUGGCAGGAAAGAAACAGCUUUUUCGAAAGAGAGCAGUGUACAUAGUGGCAGGAGGUCUUUCUGGUCUGGGCUUUGAAACAGUCAGGUUCAUCUCCCAAAGAGGCGGUGAGUAUGUCAUCAUACUCUCCAGGAGCAAGCCCAGUCCAGAAGUGCAGAAAGAAAUCCACAAUAUGGAGAGACAGUUUGGAAACAGCAUCACCAGCAUGGAGUGCGACAUAUCUGUCUCUGAGCACGUGCACCAGGUUAUCAGUGUCAUUGGCCAGAAGUUCCCCUGUUGUCCAAUCAGAGGAGUGUUUCACAGUGCAGUUGUCUUGCAUGAUGGGCUGAUUGAGACCCUCAACAGAUCUCUGUAUGAGAAGGUUUUUAGACCCAAAGUAAAUGGUGCCCUGAAUCUGCACUAUGCAACACAACACUGUCAGUUAGACUACUUCGUGUGUUACUCUUCCAUCUCGGCUUUUCUGGGAAACGCAUCGCAAACAAACUACGCAGCAGCCAACACAUUCCUCGACAUGUUCUGUCAGUACAGACGCAGACUCGGGCUGUCUGGACAGUCCAUCAACUGGGGAGCUCUGAACCUCGGUCUGCUCUUGAACAAAGAACAUUUACAGCGGUUUCUGGAGGGAAAGGGCAUGAUGGUGUUAGAUGUGGCAGAGAUUCAUAAAAGCUUGGAGCAAUGUCUUGUGCUCAACCGACCCCAGCAAGUUGUUUGCAGGUUUCACUUCAGAAACAUCAGGCACAACAUCCUCUCUCAGAAUGCAUCCCUGGCCAUGCGUCUGUACGCGAUAGUAGAGGAGGCCCUCCAAAAAUCUAAAGAUAUACAUUUUCAAACUAAGCAAACUGACUCUGUCUCACCAAAAGACUAUGUUUUUUCCCUGCUUUGUGAGACCAUUGGCAUAGAUCAGAGUGAGCUCAAGGGUGAGUCACUUCUUUCGUCUCUAGGCGUUGACUCCAUGCAGGCCAUGACUCUGCAGAACAUGAUGUUUCAACAGAGAGGUGUGAAUGUGCCUUUGGUGAAACUGUUGGAUCCCAAUGCCACAGUGUCAGCUGUGGUAGCCGUACUGAGUGAAGGAGCUGAGGGUGAAACCCAAGACUCUCUUCCAGUUGAGGACAUUGAUGAUGUUUCCACCAGGUUGUAAAAACUUCAGAUGCAAACUGUCUUUAGAGAAUCAGUCAUCACAGCAUUAUAACAGUGGAUUAAUUGAAAACCUUUCCGUUGUAGUCAAUCGAAACGUUUUGAUGACCAUUGUCAUGUGUCAGAAUUCAUAUUCAUGAUGUACUUUGCAUUCUUUGUUUUUGUGCAAAUCUUUAUUUGUGGUUUUGUUUCAUUUCCGAAUUGCAGCUUUAUAAACAUACAUGAUUAGUAAUUCAUGUGUUGUAUCAGUUUAACUCAUUUUGCUCAUUGAUAUGUUAAUGAUGAAGACUUGAAAGAAAUACAGUUGAACAUGCAACAGCUUGAUCAUUUGUUAAAUAAUUUAUGUAAAAUACAUGCCUUCAUUUGUAUCAUUUCAUUUUAAUAAAAGCUGUACCCUUAAAGCUUUCUCUGUAAUUAAGCCUCACAGGGUUCAACAAGGUUCUAAAACAAAGUUAUGUCACUAAUUUACACAAAAUGACAACAAAAAAAUUUAUUUUCUCUUGUUGUACUGGUCUGUUUGAUGAGAUGUCUAUUUUUACCACACUGAUAUUUGCAGUUGCUUUUUAAAAGAAACUUUUAAUCACAGUUAUUGUUUUAAAAUAACCUGCCUAAUGUCUUUGUUGUUAUUUUUUGCUUUGCUAUGACCCAAUAAAUCGAUCGAGUUUUACACUCCA